AUGUCACAUUAUUAUAAAAAUUUAAGUUCAGAUGUAAAAUCAACUACAUUUGAAAUUAGAGAAGAUCGUUCUAAGGUUUCAAAGCUCAGUGAGUUCAACCACACCGAACAUCUAAAAAAACCAACAUCCAAAUAUGAAGUUGCGAAAGUACCGGAACCAUUAAAUUCAUUUGUACAAUCAGCUUUCUACGCGUAUUCCCAACAUCAUAAGCUUGUCAUUAGACCAGACGACGUUUGGAUAGCGAUAAUGACACAAUUCUCAUUCUAUUUGAAUGCAAACUCUGAACAGCUCCGAGAGAAACUCGUCGAUUUCCAAGGCAAGAAAGAUCUGGAGGUUGUUGCCAAUGCGACGCUAUUCAAUGCUCCCUACGACGAAAUGACUCUGGCAAUGACCGAUUUGAUUUCCCGCAACAUUAAAGAUCCGUCGAUAAGAGAUUGGUCAAUGCCAUCAUUCUCAACGACAACCUACAACGAUAGAAUAGUUGGAGCGGUCUGUCUCAUGGCGACAAUGAAGAAUUACUAUAAUUUCAAAUACUCACUGCGCUGUGGAUUGCCAGCAGUAACCAUGCUUGGAUCGGUAGAAGAUUGGAAAUCACUGAAAGAGAAAGCUCAGCGGCUGGUGGAGUUUGACGUCGGCGAGCAGAAGCUGAUGAGUAAAUGGUCGGCGAUGUUACUGCCGAUUCUCGAUCAAUUCAUUCGUUCGGUGAGCGGAAAUGUCUGGUUUACCGAUUCGGUGAAUGCCGAUGGCUUUCUAGACGAAGAUCUUGUCGAUUGGUGGAAUUGCAUUGCCAAUCACAUCGGCGGUGGAUCGGGACCGACCUGGUUGUCCGGGUGGAUCACCGUAUUCACCGUGUUCUCACCGGAAGGCAAAUGGUACGGCGACGACAAACACGCAGUCUCAUUCAUGGUAAAUGAAAAGUCGGAAUGGCCAUUCGUCGACACUAAAGACGUUGCCACUGGAUUCGUCGAAUUGGACGUGAUUAUCGAUGACAACGGAACUGAAUACGCUUCAAAGUUGUAUGGUGGUCACUACUCUGUCAAAGUAUUCGAUGACGAGCAAACACUUGUUCCACAACUAAAUUGGUGUAUCUCUGUAAAAGAACAGGAUAUAAAAAAUUUACAAAAGAAUUGA